CAGGCUCUCCUUGUCCUCCGCAGCCCUCCAGCGGCUAGGACGACCAUGAGCGGCCACCGCCUCCUGCUGGAGAACGCGCAGCAAGUGGUGCUGGUGUGCGCUGACGGCGAGCGCUUCCUGACCGGAUCCGCGCUGCGCAGCCUGGCGGUGCUAGAGGGUGCCAGCCUGGUGGUCGGCACUGAUGGGCUUAUAAAAGCUGUUGGUCCUGCUGAUGCUAUUCAAAGACAGUUUUCUGGAGAAACUUUUGAAGAAAGAAUUGAUUGCUCUGGGAAAUGUGUCUUGCCAGGUUUGGUGGACGCACACACACAUCCAGUGUGGGCAGGUGAAAGAGUCCAUGAGUUUGCAAUGAAGUUGGCAGGGGCCACAUACAUGGACAUUCACCAGGCUGGAGGAGGGAUCAACUUCACGGUGGAGCACACGCGCCAAGCCUCGGAGGAGGAACUGUUCUGCUCCUUCCAGCAGCGGCUGCAGUGCAUGAUGAGGGCUGGCACCACGCUGGUGGAGUGCAAGAGCGGAUAUGGCCUCAACCUGGAGACAGAGAUCAAAAUGCUGCGUGUAAUCGAGCGCGCCCGGCGGGAGCUGCACCUCAGCCUCUCCACCACUUACUGCGGGGCUCAUUCAGUACCCAAAGGGAAAACUGCCAUGGAAGCUGCUGAUGACAUCAUCAGUCACCACCUGCCAAGGCUGAAGGAACUCAACAGAAAUGGGGAACUGCAUGUUGACAACAUAGAUGUGUUCUGUGAGAAGGGUGUCUUUGAUCUGGAUACUACCAGAAGGAUUCUGGAAGGUGGAAAAAAGAUGGGGUUACAGAUCAACUUCCACGGAGAUGAACUCCACCCGAUGAAGGCUGCCGAGCUUGGGGCCGAACUAGGAGCACAGGCUAUCAGCCACCUGGAGGAAGUCAGUGAUGAAGGCAUCGCUGCCAUGGCUGCAGCUCGGUGUUCUGCUGUCCUUCUGCCCACCACAGCCUACAUGCUGAGGCUGAAGCAGCCUCGAGCCAGGAAGAUGUUAGAUGAGGGAGUCAUAGUCGCUCUGGGCAGCGAUUUCAACCCCAACGCAUACUGCUUCUCCAUGCCGAUGGUCAUGCACCUGGCCUGUGUGAACAUGAGAAUGUCCAUGCCAGAGGCCUUGGCCGCUGCCACCAUCAACGCGGCUUAUGCACUGGGAAAAUCUCACACCCACGGGUCUUUGGAAGUUGGCAAGCAAGGGGAUGCCAUCAUCAUCAAUGCAUCCAGAUGGGAACAUUUGAUUUACCAGUUUGGAGGCCAUCAUGAAUUAAUUGAUUGUGUUAUAACUAAAGGGAAAAUCAUCUAUAAGAAGUGAUAGAUCUGGACCAAUGAGAUGGCUCCGUGUGAUAAGUCACCAAACCAGACAGCCUGAGUUCGAUCCUGGUCCUCACGUGGUAGGAGGAGAGAAUGCCUAAGAGUUACCCUCUGACCUUCACAUACUCACCUGCUAUGUACCGGACCCCUCCUCGCCUCCACAUAAAUAAAUGUAAUAAGUUAAAAAAAAUAUACUUUAAAAAAUGGUAGAUCUGCAAGGGAAGAUGUGAUACUUUGUAUCAAAUAACUCCAUGUAAGUUAAAGCCCUCCCAUGGCUUGCCAGAACUGUAACUUAAGCCUAAUCAUGUGUCAAUGCUUUAUUGUUCGCCUGAAACCCCAAGGGAUUGACC